AUGUCGUCCCCGGCAUCCUUCGCUAUGGACGUGGACGCGUCACAGUCUCCAGCAAAUCCCUUUCUCGACAUACCAACGCGUCCUAUGAGAGACGAGAACACACAGAUCGGUGUUAUCGAAUUACGCACGUGUAUCCGAGCCAUCGUUUCUGCCAGUCCGGAACUCGUGUCGCGUCUAACCCAAGGCGACUUCACCAUCUACGCCUACGACUACUCUGAGUAUGAGACGCCGCUGGUGGGCCAAGGAAUGCUCUCGUCCGUGCUUGCCGCCGCCUCACCCACCCCUAACGCCCCUGCAUAUCAGUCCAAGACGAUGAUCACUGGUCGCGUUUGCAAGAACAUAAUGGGCCUUUUCUCAAACGGUGUCAAGGNNGAGACUUUGGAAGUCAAACUGAGGCUGGUCCCAGUACCCAGGCCCGUCCAGGGUGACUUCCUCAAGAGCAUGGAAAUCUACCGUAACAUCAACCCCGCUAUGUCUGCCGGCUUCGACCCCAACGCCUGGUCUGCUUCCUUCUCACAAUCUGGUCUUUCUCUCGGAGCUCCCUUCGAAGAGGGCCUGACGCCUACACAAAUGAGACCAGAGACGGCGGAUCACGACAUGAUGUCUUAUCAACGUCCCCGACAGGGCUCCAACGCUAGCUUCAAUGGUCAAAACUCCUUCUCCGGUCCGACGCCAUCGUACACUGGACCACCAAGUCGAGUCAACAGCCCCGCCAUGAACCAAUCUGGACCCCAAGCAUACCCUGCCGAGAGCAUACCCCGACCUUCAUCAAGGAUGUCGGUACAGAGUGAUAUACACCAUGAACGCAGAGGAUCUAUGGCUGGACAAGAGCAGUAUCAAGAGGAGGGACCAGCAAGAAAAAGAGUCAAGGUGACACAAGCCGACUGGCGUGGAAAAUCUGCCUUUGGUGGCCCAUCGGAUUCACUGCGCGUCACAGCCAGUACUGCGGCAUCUAUUCGUGUACACAAACCUGUUGCCAUGCGCCCUGGCAUAAUGGGCAACUCGCUGGAACCGCCACCCAGAGUCCCGACGCCCGUCCCACAGAUCAAUCUGCCUGGAUCCCGUACCAAUCCUGGAAGCAUUCUCCGCCGCGAAUCGUCUCUUGCCAGAGUCCAAACAUACAACUCUCCUUACGACCCAACUCCCAACUGCCUUGCUCCUCCUUCCUNNGAUUCGGCUAUGAGCUCUCCCGAAGAUGCUGUGAACGACCACAAUGGCAUCACUCCUACCGAAUUUCCAUCGUCACCGCCUCUUCUCCCUGAGCCUUCUAGUCCAGGGCUGCCAUCGUUCUCUAGACCAGCUGAUUCUGGCUACAUGAGUUCGACAUUUGAAUGUCAUGAUGAUGAUGAGGACCGAUCUGUAUGUGAAGAAGAUAUGCAGAUUGCCGCACAAUACAGGCCUAGAACACAAGCGCCACCUUCUGGACUUUCUUUCAUCGAGCAAACGCCUGGACCUCCAGAGUUGCUGCCCACAAGGAUGCAGAUGUCACACACUGGCAAGAUGGAUGACGCUGCCGCAGCUCAGGCAGAAUUAUCACGCAAGAAGGCCCGCAAUGCUGUAUUGGCUCAGAACUCACGUAGAAAUUCUGUUGCUUUGCCACCCAAACCACAGUCGAACAAGCCGAGUAUGGCUAGAUCAGCCUCAAUGAUUGUCAGAUCCGACGCAGCGUCGCCUGCUCCAACCGAAGUCAAAGCACCUCGUAGUGGCUCUGGAGCACAAAGAAAGAAGAACAUUCAGGACAAGCUUCAGAAAUCGAUCGAAAAUGGUGAGAUGCCACCUUUCUGUGGCCACUGCGGUGCUAUUGAAACGCCAACUUGGCGUCAUCUGUUUGUCAAAAUGGUCGAGGGAUGUCCAGAAGAAGAUAUGGAUCCUUUGGAGAAUGAGACUGUGACCAUCGGGGUGGAGGUUCUCGAGCGGGAUCCUGAAACUCAGAAAUCUAUCAAGUAUCGCAUUAUCAAAUCGAUGCGCAAGACCAAGGAGUCGCAAGAUGCAACGGUGGGCUUCGAUACCAUGCAAGUUUGCAAUCCUUGCGGCCUCUGGUUCAACAAAUUUAGAGUCAUGAGACCUUCUGACAAAUGGGUCAAGAAGCAGCCAACCAAGAGCAAGAAGCAACAGCGCAAGGCCAUGCCACCUGCCGGUCCAUCGGAGCCACAGUCUGAUUAUUUUGUUGAUCAGCCUUCAGCAUUGUACACUGAUGCUGCUCAGCCUGAAGACGAAAGUAAUGGCCGAUCCAGUGAGGAGCGAACGACAGAGGAGUCUGCUCCACCAGUCGAUCGUCCAAGGGCAGCCAGCGUACAGCCUCAGCCGAAGCGUAACGAGAACGAAAAGCAGUGGACUGGUCCUGAACUAGAUGCGGCGUUGCAUCGUGCUAUUCAGAGUAGCCCCGCUCGGUUUGUCGGCUCACAAGAGAGUCCUAUCGAGGUCGAGGCAGAGCUGACACCUAAACCGACACGCCGCUUGCUGUUCCCAUCUCCACGUGAGAGGAACGGUCAGAUGAAGACACUUGAUGACCUGGCUCUUCCAGGUUCCAAGCCUCCAUCCAGCACUAUCAUUGAGAUGGCGUUUGUUGAGGAGCCGAACAAAGAGAAUUGCCCACCUCAAGAUCAAGAGCAUGAUGACCUCGCACAUCUGUUUGAAUGUUCGCCUAAUGUCUUCAAGACGCCUCGCAAGACUCCGGAGAAGAACGUUUCUCAGCAAGACACACUGCUCAAGACUCCGACGCCUUCGCGCUCUUCUCUCAGAACUGUAGCACGCAACACACGUACCCCCAGCGGCAACCAAGGCUCGACAUUCCUGCCCACCUUCAGCUCGGCUGAGGCUAAGAACCUCUUCCCGACAACUCCAUCAAAAUGGGCAAACUUGUCGUCACCGUCUAGAAAUCAGAUGACACCUUUUACUCGUCAGUUGACGCAGCUGUUGAGCGAUGCACAUCACGAAGCGCCAUUCCUCAGUCCUGGCCGUCAAUUUGACUUCUCGGAUGCCAUGCCUACUUUCAUGACCCCUGGAAGAUCUCUCGACUUCAACUUUGACGAGUUCGAUAUUAUGAACGUCGAUAUCGGCGCUGCUGCCACUAGCAAUCCUACUGAUAGCAACGCCAUGAUGGCAGUCACUGAUGCAACGACCGCUCUGCAUGCGACUACAUCUGGGGAGGUCUCUGCUGAAACCGCGAACACUACCGCUACUACCACAUGA